UCUGGCAACGCCGCAUAUUUUUCGAGACGCAGAACGCAAGAUAUUCCUUAUCUCUCUCGUAAAAAAUGGAUUAUUUCGCUUCGAUCGGUGCGUAUCUGGGAAAAUCGAAUGCUCGUCGGCAGUAGAGAAGGCCACGCACUUUUCACGCCCCACGCCCAGCGCCCCCGCCCGAGGGGAAAAUGGGAAAGCAACAUUAUCUGGCAUCCGUAUCUUCGUCCGUCGCAGCCGUCAAAAUGUUCGUCGCGCCAGUUAUCGACUCGGCAAUCUCCAUCUCCUAAAGCACACACACUCAAUCGCACGCAGCCCAGCACACAGGCACGCACACAGCUACGUAACCUGCCAGCGGAAGCGCCCCUAAUCUUGGCCAGAAACCACAGCAGCAACAACAACAGCGAAGGAGCAGCAGCAGGCGGAGGGAAACGGAGGCGCCGCUAGCACUAGCACCUAACAUGUCCGAGAAGCACGGCCAGCUGGGUGCGCAGUGGAUGAAAUCAGCGGCGCCAGCAGCAUCAGCACAAGCCUCCAAUUCCAUCCCCAUAAAUCUACCUAUUCCCGUAGCGCUUCCUCUCCAGAAACCCAAUGCCAAUCCCUAUGGCAACUGCAACCUACAGCCUGCUGAUAUUGUCUACAAUGCAAACCGAUUUCAAGGACCUGCUAUCCAUGCCAAGGCCUCACCCUUGACCAUUACGCCCGUGGGCCCUGGCGGAGGAGCUCCUGCCGCCGCCCAGAUCUCGCCCACGAGCCACACCCAUGUACCUGUACCUGUAGCCACGCCCAGCGGCUUCGUGCCGCCUCCGUUUCCCAACGCCGCCGGCGGCAGUGGUCCAGUCUCCACUUCCGUGCUCUCCCCGAACCCCUUUGCCACAGCAGCGGGAAACGCUGCUGCCGGUCUGGCCUUCGCCAAUGCCUUCACCUUCAACACAGCCCAGCAACUGGGUCUGGGCAAGAUCAUGCACGCUAUGGGCGGAGCCGCUGGAGGAGUGUCAACGGUAUCAGUACCAGUCACCACAAGUCCAGCAGCAGCUGCUCCUUCGGCUCCCACAAUAAGUGGCCAGCGCCAUCCCAAUGAGAGCGUGCCAGCGGCCAGUGGAGUGAUCAACUCCACUAUUGCUGAGAAUGUGAUGAAUGCUUUAGGAAGCUCGAACUCAGCGGGGGCUGCAGUGCCAAGUGAGGAGAAGAUGCGAAGAGUGCAGCAAGUGAUUGAGGCCAGCUUGGACGACAAUUCCAAGCUGCAGAUCUCGCAGAUUCUUGAACGAGUCUCCGGAUUGAAGCCCAUUGAGAAGCUAUUCCUUUAUCUUCGAUUGCCGGGCGAGUGUGCGGACACAGAUCCAUUGCGGCAGCCUCAGAACCCCCUGGGAACACGCUCGGAAAUUAACCACACCAUCAAUUGGGUGCGUUCCCAUCUGGAGCAUGAUGCGCAGGUGUCCAUACCCAAGCAAGAUGUGUACAACGAUUACAUAGUAUAUUGCGAACGCCUCAGCAUCAAACCUCUUUCCACGGCAGAUUUCGGUAAGGUUAUGAAGCAGGUCUUUCCAGGCGUGCGUCCUCGGAGACUCGGAACGCGGGGCAACUCUCGCUACUGCUAUGCGGCAAUGCGGAAGACGACCAAGCUGACUCCCCCACAACUCCCUCAGCUGUGCAAGACGGAGCAGACCUUAGGGGGCGAUAGCACUGCCGAUUCCACUCAGCCGCCAAACGCAUCAUGCUUAGGUGGAUUACCGACUGCCGGAGGUGAUUCUGAAUGCUGGGAUGUGGUGCGCAGCUGGGCAGAAAAGUUGCUAAACACUAAGCUAGAAAGCGUGGCGGACCUAAGCGCCCGCAUCAGGAGCAACAAUGCAACAGUUUCCGCAAAAAAAUACACACCCCGUGAACCCAAGGAAAAGAGGGUUUUGGCGGACAUUGGCCCCCUGAAGAAGCGACGUAAAAAGAAACGCAAAGGCUCCACAUCCUCGGAGUCCAGCUGCAAUCAAUUAGUUACUGGUCAGGACGCGGGCAGCAGCCAGGAGGCCAGUGACGAACAACUAAUGAAGAUCAAGCAGGAGAUCAUAGAUUCACCCAUCCAGCUCCAGCAACCGCCUAUAGGCUACCUGCAACAGGUCACGCCAAUGAACCUGGCCACAGAUCAGCGGAGCAGCAGCGCUGUGCGCAACCUUACGCCGAAAAUUUUGGAGAUGGGCUCUCCGGCCGCAGUGCUCACCCGGCAGGAAGCCUCACCCACGGGAAUAGUCAUCAAGGACGAGGUGGAAGACUACACCUCCAACAUUUUUUGCAAGAAGGUCUUAAAGGCGCAGCAGACGAAAGGGUUCUGGGCCAACUCACCAAGCAGCGGGACAACGGGCGGUGGUGGUCUACUGGUUCCUCCAACAAUCACUACCACCUCGGCCACGCCCCCGCCGCCGAGCUCUGGAAAUUCCCCAGUUCCAGGACCGGGACUUUCCAUGGGCCCGCCCUCACAGAUGAUGAACUCAAGUUCAGUGAGCCCGUCAAGCAGCGUGGACACCAUUCCCAAAGUAGCCUCCCGAAACCAAAUGAUGAUCCUGAGGGCCAAACGUUUAAUGGCUGCGGAGAAUGCCGCCUUGGCAGCGGCUACCGAAGAUUCCGGACUGCCCGAGAAUCUGGGAUUGCCUAGAGAGCGAGUUAUCAGCAUCUGUAACAUGGACAAGCAUGAACUGGAUGACUACUUUCUGCCUGGCGAGGAUGAAGAGAACUCCGAGGAGCCCGACAACGAGCUGCUCCAAUAUUUUCAGAUGGGAGACGCUGAGGAAAAACAACUGAAUUCCUUGGAUGCUGCCGAACAGAAUAGGAAUCCACAAGAGCCAACGACGAUGGGCUCUGCGCCGGAGGCGAUGCCUGCUCCCGGUCGCGGAGCAGCUGUCGUCGCCGCUGCAGCAGCGAUGCUGGCGCCGGUGCCAGCGCCUUCGAUGCCGCACGGACAGGCUGCAGUGGGUUCUGCCUCAGCGUCUCUGGCCCUAAUGUCAAAAAAGCAUCAACAGCAACAUCAGCAACAGAACCUGCAGCAGCAGUUGCAGCGUUCCAAGCAGCUGCCGAUUAUUAGCAACAACAAGAGAAAAAUCAGCCUCAGCAACGCCUCAAGCAACGGUAGCAACAAGAACUGCAUUUUCCUGCCCAUUUCACCAAAUACCAAUGGAUCAUCGGCGACAACAGCAGCGGCAGGAACGGCAGUGUCCAGUCAAAAUUGCUUCGCCAGUCCGGGGUUGACUAGGAUGAGGCAAAGACCCAACAUAUUGAGCAAACAACAAUCGCUAGACUGCGACAACCGUGAUCCCAUGAUUGGAGCUCAUCGCAAGGGUCGAGGCUAUGUGUAUAGCUAUCCGACAAGCACGUCUGCCUCCGCUCCACCGAGUCCAUCGCUUUUUCAGCAGUGGUCAGGUGGAAACUGGUCAUUGGGCGGCGGGAAUUUGUCCAACUUUGCGGACAGCAGCCACAGUGCCGACCCGCUGGUCAACCAAAACUCUAUGGACCUAGAGACGAGUCUGGCGCUCACGGGAGCAAAUGACCUGGAUUCGUCAGAGAUGCAACGCUCACAAUCGGUGCCGUUGUCUCAGUUGCAACGGAGGAGCAGCCAACAAUCACCUAGUUUGAAUUUUUACUCGGAGAACAGCAACAGUCAGCAGUCUGCGCCGCUUAACGAAGCAGGAUUGCUUUACGAGGAGGUGGGCGUGAGUUCUCUGCUCUCGCCCAAUUUUAACAGAAAGUUUAAUAGCAUGACGCAACAGACGGCCACCACGUGCAGCUCCUCGGCGGGCUCAUCCUCCGGCUACAGCAGCGGCGGGUCUGCAGGAAUAGUUUCGCGAUCGGUGCCCUCAACUCCGCUGCCCCACCAGCAGCAAAAUAGCCUUGCAUCAUUGAAUGGAGGUGCAGGUACAACAGCCAGUGGUGGAGGAGUCUUAGGAAUUGGAAAUGGAGGCAGUUCCGGAGCUGGAAAUGGUUUCUUCGCUAUCGCGGACACCUUUAACUGGGAAGGAUCAACGGCCAAUAGUAGCCAGUUGGGCUACGGCGCACAUUCUUACAGUGCCCGCAAUCCACUGGACAUAUCCAAGUCCAUGCCAACGACGCCGAUCGCAACACACCGUUUCCGCUACAGUCCUGCAGAUGUGCAUCGCGAUUAUCUUAUAAACGGCAACACCAUCGAUUGCUUGCCUUCAUCCGCCUUUGCUGCGGGAGGUGCUACGGAUCCUACUUUGGCUCUAAGCACGGACACCCUCAUAGAUGACAGUGCGCCAGGCAGUGCCGAUGUGGUCGAGGCGAUAAUCGGUGUACCUGGCAUACUCGACGACUUUUAGGAUUUGCAUGAAGAGAAAGCUCAGGAGAUCAAAAUAUCAGAGCGGCAGAACACUGAUGAGGUGGAGGGGGACGAAGUCCAGUCGGCUGCAAAGGAGGACGCUAAUGUGGUGGCAUGUCUGCUGCAGCAUGUCGACCAAUUAUAGAACCUCCAAUCUUCUGCUUGCUGCCGAAUGAUGUCUCUGUAAUUGUGUUAUCUAAAAUGUCGAUUGCAAUUGUUCUGGUCUCGGUUAUGUAGAUUCAGAGACUGGAACAUGAACAUGUGAAAUCGUCCUCACAUGAGCUUUCUCUUCGUGCCACUCGCUAGCUAAGUAAAAUUCAACAAAAUCCUAUCUUCCCUCUGUCUUAACUAAUCAACAGCUUAACUGUGCCUCUAAUUGGUUUCAAGAAGUGUCCAACAGCAUUAGAGGUUUGUGCUUGAGCCGACUUCUGUAGUCUAACAUUACCCUCAGGCCCUCGUUGUAUGUAUGCAAUUUGCAUAUUGUUAUAAUUACUAAAUAUUAACAUUAACAAUAACACACAGAUGACGAUGGCGGGUGCCCUUGCUGUAUGUAGUUACAUAGUUUUAUUGUUGAACAACAUUACAAAUGAAACGAACUUAAAGUCUGAAUGAAGGAAACGUGUGCAGCGGUUUUAAAAACGAAACAAAUUUACAAAACGUAUCUGUAAACGAAUGUACAUCUAGAACUUAGAACUAAACCUCGGCGCUCGACGAGUUUGUCUUCCUGCGACCCCCGACUGUACAUAUAUAAGCAUAUAUAUAUAUAUUUCUAGAGGGAUUUCCAAAAGGAUUUUAAAGGGGGUCGCGGCGAAUCAGUCUCAGUUCAAAAUUGUCAAAUUUAAUUGUGUGUUUGUAUGGUGUUGUGAGGUAUCAAGAGUAACGAGCUUCGUCAAUUGUUCAUUCACUUAUUGGCCUCCUGGGAGAGGUCCUUCGAUUUUACUAACCCAACCCCGAUCUACAUAUUCUCUUUGUUACACUUUACCUAUCUUUAACUGUCUACUUUAAACGCUUUUGAUUCUUCGACUAGUCGUAAGUGUUUGUUUGUUAUACUUGUUUAUUAUUUUUGUUUAGCUCGCGCCUGGUCGGUCCGAUCUGCGCAAGUUACUUUAGUUGUGCUUUCAAUGUAUUUUGUAUGAUGUCUGCAAUUCAAGUUUUCUAAUGCCUGAAUAUCUAGUUGUAAUGUCGUUUCUUGUGCCCAGUUUACCAGUGUUUAGUUUCUUUCUAGCGAUUUGAACAAAGUUUAGCUUUAAACCUUCCUAUUAAUAAUUCACAUUGCAAAUGAAUGUUAUUUUGUUUGUAAAACAAAGUAAAACACAAACCCCGAACCUAUUUUUGUUCUAAAACAAAUGAUUCCGCUCCCGAAAGCAGAACAUUUUUUUUUUAAAUGUAAAGAACAUAAAUCAUAAAUGUGCCUCAGGCUUUAUUGUAAAACAAAUAUAUACCAUAACAAAAUAUUCAUACAAACAUACAAAAUGCUUAAAAAAACAAAAGUGAAAACAAAGAAAAACAUAAAUAGAUUAAUAGAACGUUAUACGAGUAUAAUUAAAUAUACACUCAUUUACAACAACCAAGGAUAGGGAAUCAAAUGAAUUUGUUAGAACCACAGAUUCAACCAGUAGAUCUUAUAUAGUCAACAAGAAAAUGAUUCAAUUACCAGAACUGCACCCAUAGCCUAAAGUAAACAUUGUCAGCUAAAUUCUAAAAUAAUAAGCAAACCAAUUAACGAUUAUUUAUUUUUAAGCAGCGCCACUUACCCCGCAGUACGUUUGAACAACAAACAACAAUACACGAGUAAGCAAUAGCAAUAGCCCUAAGUAUGGUAAAUAAAUAAAACAUAUUGUCACCGGGAACACUUUAGAUGAGAUAUAUGCAAUUAUACAGAAACAAUGCAUUAAAGUUAAACGAACCAAAACUGUACUUUUUUAUAAGACAUUUGAAUGACAUAAAAUACAGAUAACAGAAACGAAAGAA